AUGGGGACUUCAGACACCAAUGAGAUGGCGACAGUGAAGACGAUACACUGGGUAUCAUCGUCUGUAAUCGGUGUUAUAUUUAUCGUCUUUGGAAUCGUCGGAAAUAUCCUCUCACUAAUCGUCUGGAGUCGGAAGUCGAUGCGUUCUUCUACCGGCACUUUCCUGAUUUUCCUGUCGCUAGCAGACAUCUCCCUUCUACUGAUGUUUCUUUUGACCGACAGCAUUAUUCAGAUGAGUCCCUCUAUUCUUGCCUCAAGGGACUUUGGGAUGUUUUACGCCUACUUUGGGUAUCCUUUCUUCUUUCUGGCGUUCAUUUUAAGCAUCUGGAUGCUUGUUGGUGUUACGGUUGACAGAUAUCUUCAAGUCUGCUGGCCUCUUAAAGCCAAGGUGUCAUGGACACAACGCCGAGUUUGUAUUGGAGCUGGGUGUAUAUUUCUUUUCUGUUUCAUCGUCAAUAUUCCACAUUUCAAAACGUUUCAACCGGCGGAUCCCGCAAUUUACGGAAAGGCAUUCUCCUACACAGAUUUUGGAAAAAGCGAGGGAAGUUUAAAAUAUGAGUUUUGGGUACACUGUAUGUUCUUGGUUCUGUUCCCAUGGCUCUCUCUUUUAACUUUUAAUAUUCUUAUCAUAAAAACGGUUGUAACAUCAAACCGGAUGACAAAGCUAAAGAAAGAGAAUUCUCGAAAAACGGAAUCGCAACUCACCCGUCUUUUGUUGACCGUGACCUUCACCUUCAUGAUUCUAAUUAUAUUACAGUGUGUUGCACAGUGCUUCUAUAUGCUACAACCAGGCAAUGUCAAUAUGCGUAUGGUGGACGAGGCGUUCUCAGUGGCCAAACUUGGAUGCGUUGUUAAUUCCUCUAUAAACUUUUUCCUUUACUGCUACAGUGGUCGAAAAUUCAGGAAUGAGCUGAAGAAAAUGUGCCACAAUACCUGCAACAGAAAUUCUACAGUUCUAAAAAGUUCGGUUUACUCCUUAAGUAAUAACUCUUCCUCCUCAUAAAACUAAUGUCAAGUUCAAAUUUUAAAUUUUAAAAUUAAAUUUUUGU